AUGCUGACAUUUUUGUUGAAAAAGGAAAUCGAAACAUGGGUACAGGCCCUUGAUGCCUAUGACAAUCAAGAAUUCGAAGAGUCCCUGCGGUGCUUCGAUCAGAUUGCCGAUACAUCAAAGAUCUUGUUCAACUGUGGAGUGAUCUACGCAACGCUAGGCGAGCAUCAAAAAGCAGUAGAAUGCUACCAACGUGCUGUCGGUCUAGAUCGGUAUCUGGCAAUUGCUUACUUCCAGCAAGGUGUAUCUAACUUCUUGCUUGGGGAUUUUGAAGAAGCAUUGGCCAACUUUAAUGACACUUUGCUGUAUCUGCGAGGGAAUACUUCCAUCGACUAUGAACAGUUAGGUCUUCUGUUCCGCCUCUUUUCAUGCGAGGUUCUGUUCAACCGAGGUCUCUGUUAUAUCUACCUCCGGCAAAUGAACCCAGGCAUCCAGGACCUCGAGUAUGCAGCCAAGGAAAAGGUUACCUCAGAUCAUGAUGUGAUUGACGAUGCUAUUCGCGAGAAUGCAGAUGGUUACACUGUCUUCUCAAUUCCCGUGGGAGUUCUCUAUCGUCCCAACGCAGCCAAAGUCAAGAAUCUCAAGACAAAAGACUACCUAGGCAAAGCUCGACUAGUUGCUGCAUCGGACCGCAAUCAAUCAUCAGAUCACCAAUGGAACCCAAUAGCAAUUGACAAAGAAGCCCUCCAAAAUCGUGAAGGAGUCUCCUUUGCCGCAUCCCAUUUGGUACGCCAAAAUCUCAGCAGCCGCACUCGUCAACAAUCCGAACCACCCCUGAACCGCAACGUAUUCCCCCCAACACCACCACCAGACGACCGCUCAGUCAGCACAGCAUCUGCAUCAGGAAGCCAAUCAGCACCCGGACACCACCGAUCAUCAUCUCUCCGAGGCGCCCGCCCACCACGUCUAGACCUAGAUCGAGCGGGUGCCAGCCUAGAGCGCCGACCCUCCCAACACGAACUUUCAUCCACCGAGAAGCCACGGAUAGGAACGACGCGAACAGCAUCAGAGCCGCGUGGGCCAUCAUCACGACAAAACAACAUGCGUGGAUACUCACAGGAAAGCAGCAGCCGAAGCAGCUUACCCCGCGAGCAAACCGGUCACCGCAGAAACCUCAGCGACACAAACCCAAAUCAGAACUUCUCGCCGGACCAAGACUACGGGCACACAGACCCAUACUCGAGCCAGCGCAAUCUAGCAAACACAGGCUGGGGUCGCGGGUCCCGCCACCAACCACCCCAAUACAUCGAUGAAGAGGAGGAAUAUGCCAGUGAUAUAUGCAAUUCAACAAAUCCCAACGACGGCGCUUUCGAGCUCGUCGCCGCUCCCCAGGCUGGUCCAAGCCAGUCAACCAAACAACGCCGUACUCGCUCCCCGGCACGAUACUCCCGCCACACGAAUCCGCGAAGACCCGAUAUUCAGAAAUUUAGAACGAAAGUGCACGCUCCCGAUGAUACUAGGUAUAUCAUGAUUGGGCCGAAGAUUGACUUUGGGGAAUUCGAAAAUCGCAUUCGUGAAAAGUUCGGGUUCAAGCAUGCUCUGAAAAUGAAGGUGCAAGAUGACGGAGACAUGAUUACCAUGGUAGAUCAGGAAGAUCUGGAUUUGCUGGUUAGUUCGGCGAAAGAGGUCGCUCGGCGGGAGGGAAGUGAGAUGGGGAAGAUCGAGAUUUGGGUGGAAGAACGCACAAUGAUUUGA